AUGCCCAUCACGCCCUGCAGCCUGCGCCGACACAAUCGUCCGCUGUGCCCGUUUUUCCGUUGCCUCCCAACAGCAGCCGUACCGAAUGUCCGUCCCACAGCGCCCCCGAAAGCCAUCGUCAUCGAUAUCGCCCGCACCCGACUCGUUCACGAUACCUACCGUAAUGAAUACCGCGCUGACAGUGUCCUCUCCAAUAGGGUCAACCUUCGCACUCAGAAGCGCCUUGCGGCGUCGGUCAUCGGAUGCGGAAAGCGCAAGGUCUGGCUGGACCCCAACGAGGUCAGCGAGAUCUCCAACGCCAACUCCCGCCAAACCAUCCGAAAGCUGGUCAGCGAUGGCCUCAUCAUCCGCAAGCCCGUCACCAUGCACUCGAGAUCCCGAGCCCGCGAGCUGAACCUUGCCCGACGUGACGGCCGACAUCGUGGUUUCGGAAAGAGAAAGGGUACCGCCGAUGCUCGCAUGCCUCAGCAAGUUCUGUGGAUGCGACGUCUCCGAGUCCUCCGACGUCUACUUGUCAAGUACCGUGCCAGCGGCAAGAUCGACAAGCACCUGUACCACGAGCUGUACCACUCCAGCAAGGGUAACGCCUUCAAGCACAAGAGAGCCCUCGUUGAGCACAUCCACCGCGCCAAGGCCGAGAAGGCCCGUGAGCGUGCCCUCGAGGAGGAGAUGACCGCCAAGAGACAGAAGAACAAGGCGGCUCGCGAGCGCAAGAUGGAGAGACAGACGGCCAAGCGCAAUGCACUGGCCGGUGAGGAUGAGGAAUGA